GCUUCGCAUUUUUUAUGUGCUGAUGUCUGUAGUAUGAAUGGAGCAUUUACCGAAAAGUUAUGUUUUAUGAAUGUGUAGAAAAUAGAAAAAACUGAACGCUAUUGACAUUACAUAUAUUAUUACAAUAACAUUAUCUUUUUAUUAAAAAAAAAAAGUAAUCUAUCAAAAUUUUUAUUAAAAUAUUUGGCAAUUAGAAUGUUGAAGAGGUUAUAAUAAGUACAAUGAACUAACCUCUAAGAAUUUACCAAUUAGCUAAUAUUGAAAAUACAAUACAACAUAUAUAUUUUGAACAUUCGUCGUGGAUAUUUAUUUUUUGAAAAGGAAAAAAAAAAUACUCAUAUAGCGGAUUAAUAUAAAAAUAAUAAAGAGGAAUAUGAAGAAGAUAAUAACUCAAAAUUUAUUAAAUUUUAUUCAAGUUUGUUCCAUGUAAAUCUAGAAAAUAUGAAAGCAUUUCCUCAAAUUGUUGUAAAAGUCUGUCCAUUCAUUGCAUUGAUAUAUAGUAUAGUUGUUAUCAUUUUAACAGCAUAUAUUAAUGAAAAACUUACUCCAGUUUUCAUAUUUUUUUGUAUUCAAGUAUAUUUAAAUUGGUAUUCAGUGUACGCUAUAAGUCAUAAUGCAACAAUUAUGGAAGUUAAAACUAUGGAAAAGAAGUUAUUAAUAUAUAAUAAGGCAGAGAAUAAUGCUGAAUAUAAGUACUGGUAUUGCGAAAAAUGUAUUAGUUAUACAUGUAAGCCAACACAACAUUGUAUUUUUUGCAGGAAGUGUUUUCACUUUCGCGACCAUCAUUGUUUUUUUUUGGGUGCUUGUAUAUUAAGACAAAAUGUAGGCAAUUUUAUUCUAUUUUGCUUUUAUACAUCUUUAACGUGUAUAUACUCGUUAUGUACUCUUGGUCCAUAUUUAUAUGACAAUAUUAAUCGCGUAAUAAGAACAGAUACAGAUUCCUUCAAUAUAUUUUUAAAUUUCUGUUUUCCUGUUGCACUUAUUAGAUUAUUACAUUCUAGAGAAAAUACUUAUAUACUACUUGUAACGAUGUUUGAUAUAUUAGUUUCCAUUUUGUGUAUUUGUCUGGUAUAUGCAACAUGGAAAUUGCAUAGCUGCAUAACAGGAAAACAGCGGUAUAUUAAUUUAUCAGGAAAACAAACUCUGAGAGAAAUUUUUGGAAGUUAUGGUCUCUCAAACAUUAUUUUUCCAUAUAAUGGUCUUAUAGGGACUAGAGAUCUCAAUGGAAAGUACGAAUUAAAGCAAAUAUAAUGAAAAAUAGAAGCUUUGUAGCAAUUAAACAUUAGGAACUUUUCAUGAACAUGUAUACAUAAAAUGAAAUAUAAAUUUCUCAAGUAUUA